CCGGCCGCCAAUAAUAGGACCGCCCGGACGCCGAUCCUGCCCACGGCACGCACGCUCUCGCUGGGCAGUGGCCACUGGCCAAAGCCACCGCACGCUCCGACCGGCCAUGUCUAUGCGCGACCGCCGCUCUGCCGCCAACAUGUCCCCGUCGCUCCGCCUCCUCGGCUUCCUCACCCAGCCCGAUCGUGCCGCCGACGUGCAGGAGCUGGAACUCGACGAGCGCGACGUGGUCUGGUCGUCGUCGUCGCCCACCUCCUACUCCCCGUCCUCCUCCAUCUCCACCGCCUCCUCGCCGUCGCCCACGCCGUCCCCGUACAGCAACGGCCAGCGCUGGCCCCUCUCGUCCUCCUCCUCCUCCCGCGGGUUCCCUUCCGGCGGCGCCGGCCUGUCCGCGCUCAUCGCCGACGAGGACGGCCGCUCCCCCACCGCGGCCAUCCCGGCCGCGGCCCGGCGGGAGAAGCAGCGCCACCCGCAGCCGUUCCACCAGUCGGCGCCGGUCGCCGUGCCCGCCUGGUCCAAGGCGACGGCGGACAGGCGACGCCGGGAGGCGGAGCAAGAGGCCGCGGAAGAAGACUACGACGAAGACGACGACGAGCCCGUGGUGCCUCCGCACGAGAUGGCCGCGCGCCGCGCCGCGGCGGCCGCGUCGGUCAUGGAGGGCGCCGGGCGGACGCUCAAGGGCCGCGACCUCCGCCGCAUGCGCAACGCCGUGUGGCGCACCACCGGCUUCCUCGACCUGUGAAGAAGGAUGCCCCGCCCGGCCUGCCCUUUGGAGGUUUCUCUCGAUCGCUGCAUGCCCACGUCACUCCAGCCGGCGGUGCAUUUCGUUACGGAAAAUGUGGGUCUUUUGUUGCUAAUUAAGUUUUGGGUUCAUCUAGGCGCGAUAUUUUGAAAGCUAUUCCAUGUGCUAGCAGUAAAUUGACAAGUGUUUAUUGUUUCUCCUA